CGAAGUCCGAGUCACCUUUUUUUUUAUGUUUUAGUUCAAGUUUGUAGCACUAUUUUUUUAUAAGAAAAGUAUCUCGAAUUGUCCUAAUCAAGUUUCAAUGGUUGUUUUUAGGGUGCAUGAAAACCUACUCUGAGCACUUCUAAGAAGAAUCACAAAUACCAAUUUAUUAAGUUUCCCUUUCUACCUACGUCGAAACAAAAACAAAGGAUUUUAACGAUAAAAGAUUACUUCACCUACUUCUAUGAUCUUGCAGCUCACCUCUUCUUGCUAGGUGUUGUUACCGAGAUAUUUUUGUUGACUUAGAGCUUGUUGUCUUAUUACUCUAGAGCAGGAGGUUCGCAAGAAGAAACAAGCGAAAAAAUGUUGUCGACAUUGAGGAAGUCGCUGCCCUCGGUGCAGAGGGCCGGUGCGCGAGGAAUUUCCACCAAGCAGCUCGCAGGAUACACCGUCCAUGAUCAUUCGUACUUUAAUUUUCUUGACGUUCAAAAUUUUUGCAUUUUUUUUUUGUGGUGAUGCAUGUUCAAAUAAGAACUUUCUUCUUGACUCAAAAGACCGAUUCUCCAAACGCAAAUCUCCCAUCAAAAAAGUUUCGACGCCGUUGUGAUCGGUGCUGGUGGAGCUGGUUUGCGUGCAGCUGCUGGUUUGGUCGCGAACGGUCUCAACACUGCGUGCAUCACGAAAGUUUUUCCGACGCGAUCCCACACUGUGGCCGCACAAGGUGGAAUCAAUGCGGCUUUGGGUAAUUUUUACCACCGAUAGAAGCCUACAAGAAUUCCAAUUUGCAGGAGUGGGCUUACUUUUACGUAGAAGUGUGUUUAUUUGUCGUACAGAUCAUACAUGGAGUUUUCUUCUGGUCCCGAGUCGAGGCUACGCGGACCAUAUUAAUUUCUUCACUAAAAAUUCCACUACCAUGUCCCACAACCACCACAAACCCACAGCCCAACUACAUGAGCCUUUCUCACCAUAAAAAAACCCGCAGCCAACAUGACCGAGGACGAUUGGAGGUGGCACGCAUAUGAUACCGUCAAGGGUGCAGAUUGGUUGGGCGAUCAAGACGCUAUCCAGCAUAUGUGUCGAAUGGCACCCAAAGUCGUGCUUGAACUCGAAUCUUUCGGUUUGCCCUUCUCCCGAACUGAAGAUGGAAAAAUCUAUCAUUAUGAAUUUUGAAUCAUUGUUACUCAGAUGUAGCACUGCUGGUCCUUGAUUUAGCGUAAGAAAUAUGGAAUAACACCCGCACUCUAAGAUCAGCGCGCCUUUGGAGGUCAAAGUUUGAAGUUCGGUAAGGGUGGUCAGGCUUACCGAUGUGCGGCCGCCGCAGAUCGUACGGGACACGCAAUUUUGCACACGCUCUACGGAAUGAGCUUGAAACACGGUACUGCUAACUAGUUAAAGAAAUCUGGACUUUCACUACUGUUAGCCAGUGAGUGGUCUAUUGCUACUCCGGAUCCUAUGGAUGAGCUUGAGUUGGAUGCCAAUGGCUGCACUCUCGUCACCAUGAUCGUGAUCAAUGCCCGCCGCCCCUUGUCUUGCUCUUUCGCUGGUUCCUCGUGUGGUCGCAACGUGAACUCAGUGACUUAAUGAAUGACAUCACCCACGCCGUUCAUGAUCUUCGCGCAUUCGCUGCUCCAUCAUUCACAUCGCGAAGACCAAUAUGUUAUGGGUCAAGGUAAUGACCAGAAUGGCGCAGCUACGUAAUGACAUUGCCACGGUGCACAUGAAUGAUCGCCCGUUCUGGUCGUCUUUCUGUUCCAUUGCUUCGGUAUCAACUCCAUCCGCCCGCAAGAGCUUCGGAGUGCGCUCAGACGUGGCCGGGUGGUCCAGCAUACACUUACUCACAUUCAACGACGCAGGUUCGCUGAACUAGAUUGCCGUCGCACCUUGGCGACCUGAGCGAUCCUAUUCACUCCAAAAACUCCUCGUCCAUCUCUCCAUCCCACCAGAUUGCCUCUUCUUCGUCGAGUACUUCGCUUUGGAUUUGAUUCAAGACGAGACCGGAAGAGUUGUUGGCUGCCUGGCCAUCUGCAUGGAAGACGGAUCGCUUCAUAGGUUCGGUUCUCACGCCACAGUCCUGGCCACAGGUGGUUUUGGCCGUGCUUACCAGAGUUGCACUUCGGCGCACACUUGCACAGGGGAUGGUGGAGGUAUUGUUUUGAUGUUUCAUUGAUACGAUUUGUUUCGAUUGAUUCAUUUUUUCAUCUUCGACAGAAACCAUCAGAGCUGCACGACUGAAAACUACGGAACCAUAGGAGGUACUUAUAAUCAACGACGAAUAACUGUUCUACACAACUACACAUGCAAUGGCAAAUUCUAGUGCAAUUGCAAAUUCUCAUCCAAUAACAGCCAUGGCAUCUCGAAUUGGCCUGCCUUUGGAGGAUUUGGAGUUCGUGCAGUUCCACCCGACCGGCAUCUUUCCAGCCGGUUGCUUAAUGACCGAGGGUUGCCGUGGUGAAGGUGGGAUCUUGAAGAACAGUGAGGGUGAACCUUUUAUUUAUGACGCCGGAACCCUUAGUCCUCUUAAAACUACGGUAGCCUUGUCAAUGUUAUCCCAAGUACAUCUUGUUCUCGCCACCUCACACUCUUAAUAUUAACCUUUUUUGAUGCUGCUUGCAGCAGUUGACGAGCUCUUGAUUGAUGCAUAAAUUUAGAUCAGAACAAUUUGAUGGUGCAGCAGCACAACUUUUGUGGUAGCGACUAUUACCCUCUUUCUCUAAUCUGCGGCCCGAUACGCACCUACGGCCAAGGAUUUGGCUUCCAGAGAUGUUGUCAGUCGAUCCAUGACCAUGGAGAUCCGAGAGGGACGCGGCGUCGGUCCCAACAAGGAUCACGUGUACUUGCACUUGGAUCACUUGCCGGCUGAGACCUUGGCCCAGAGGCUGCCGGGUAACGAAUAAGUCUUUUAAUCUACAAAUAUUUGCUUCACUGCAACUACUAAAUACUACUGGUUGUUCCAUAUUUGAUUUGAAGAAUUUCAGUUUAUUUUCUCAGUCAGAUUGUACUUUGUUUUGAAACUGCAUCAUGCGUUUUUGUGUAAGGGAGAUAGACGACAUUUCCUGCUUUUCCUGCUUCCACCACCAUAUCUCAUCAUCACCACAAAACAGGUAUCUCCGAGACUGCCAAGAUUUUUGCGGGUGUAGAUGUCACGAAGGAGCCCAUUCCGGUGCUUCCUACGGUCCAUUACAACAUGGGUGGCGUGCCGACCAACUGGAAGACCGAGGUGCUCACCAAGGAUGAAAAAAUCGUUCCGGGAUUGUUUGCUGCUGGUAGACAAAUUUUGAUCACGACAUCUGAAUCUGUAGUACUUAGGAAGGUCUUAGACCUCUUCCAGUUCCAGCCACAAUAGAGUCUUCAACAACCAAUACUGCAAUCACAAUCUCAGGUGAAGCAUCUUGCGCAUCUGUCCACGGCGCAAACCGAUUGGGUGCCAACAGUUUGUUGGAUUUGGUUGUGUUUGGUCGCACAGCCGCUGAGACUAUUAGCGGAUUGGUCAAGCCAAACUCACCACCGGUGAAACUUUUACGGCUUUAGAUUGUCGUUGAAUAGGUUUUUCCUUUUAAGUAUAACGGAAUUAGUUGAGUAGUAGUGCUAAGUCAAUAAAUGUUACCAGGGACUACAGCAUGCAUGAAAACUACAGAGGAAUGGCGCACUGCCAGUGCCGGUUGUAGUAAAUCAAUUCGAAUAUAAUUCAUGUACCUACGACGUAGUACAGGAGGCACUUCAUCUAGCCUUCCAGUUCUUCCUCCCACCUUCUAAUCCCCGCCGACAACGCUGGUGAAGUAACAUUGCAGCGAUUUGAUCAGAUCCGAAAUAAGAAGGGACCGAUUCCGACCGCAGAGCUACGAGCCGAACUCCAGAUGGCCAUGCAGAAAUAUGCGCCAGUCUACCGUAAUAGCAAGGAUUUGGCGGAGGGAAAGAAAGUUAUGCUCUCGUGUUGGUGGAAAAUUUUGAAUCCACGAUCAUAUGUUGAUGGUGUCGAUGCUGGUGAAAAACAUUUAGUAUAUGCGAGAGGCUUAGCGGCCUCUCAUGAUAACCCUCGCCUUUUUGAAAGUAGAAACGUACUAGAGUUCAAGUUACGGGUACUUUCUGUGCUAUUGCAUCCAUGGAUCAAGCAUCCCUCUAAGAACUUCGUGACCGACAUCUACAAGAAGUUCAAGGACGUUGGCGUGACAGACCGCACGCUGAUCUGGAACACAGACCUCAUCGAGACGUUGGAGUUGGAGAACUUGCUUACUCAGGUAUAGCGCAUUUCUUUGUAUUUUCAAUCACGAUGAGUACUCGGAAGUCCUCUGGACUCAAACAACUUAUGGGUAUUUCUACUUCACACUCUUUUUUUUUUGAGAUCCUCUCUCCAUAAUCAACAUCAAACCUGAAGAAAGCAAUCACAUAAUGAUAAUGCCACAUCUUUACUUCUAGGGCGCUCAAUUGAUGUUCUCGGCCGAAGCUCGACAUGAGAGCCGCGGCGCGCAGGCCCACGAGGACUUCCCGGAUCGCGACGACAAGAACUUCAUGAAGCACACGCUUUCUUGGCAAACGUUAAGGCUUCUUUGUAGAUUUUCAUUCUUUCAUGAAUAUUCUAGGUAGGUUUAGGUAGCUCUAGGGAUUAAAAAAUUUGUACCCUGCUCACAAGCAGAAUCCUACACUAGUAGGACGUGUAAAAACAGUCACAAUAGUCAUCGUCAGUCGCAUUGCAAGACAGUGUAAUCACAACUACAAUAAGUGACACCAACAACCACUUCUUCUUCCCACCACCUCUAAUAAACGGAUCCCGCAACAUUGAAGACGCCAAGAUCGAGCUGACUUAUCGUCCGGUCAUCGACCAGCCUCUGGAUAAGGAGAUGCACCACGUCCCCCCAGCAAAGCGUGUCUACUAA